AUCUGCAAAGCUGCGACGAAUCGUAUGGCUGCAGAUUCGGUUUCAUGCACGUGCAUUACACGAGAUUUUGAUAUUUUCUUAUGUUUUUCUUUGCUCGAGUUGGACUUUGACGUAACCUUAGGGAUACAAUUUCAUUGAAUUAAUUGUUUGUUGUUUUAAUUUAUUGAAAUCAAACAUAAACACAUACUUGAAAUAUAAACUGAAUUGGAAUAUACUUAUGUAUUUGUUGUUGCGUUGUUCGGAAUAUUUUUAAUUUAUUGAAGUUAGUUUAGUUUGGAAUAUACUAUUUUCAAUUGUUUUAUCAAAGAUUGAUAUAAAUGGAGAUUCAUUAUACUGAUUUGGUGUUUUUAUUAUUGUGCUGUAAAGGAUUCACAGCCCAAAGAAGUGAAAGUCCAGGUUCACUGACAUUUUCUGAUCAACCAGAGAUAAGUGAUUCUGUACCUCCAAGAUGUUGGAAUUUCACUUAUGGAGACCCGUCUGAAAUGGAAUUUUUUAGUCCGAACUUUCCAAGCAAUUAUUCUACCAAUCUGAAUUGUGCCCGUUAUAUUGAAGCUCCACCUGGAUACAAGAUUCAUUUGUAUUUCUGGGAAUGGUUUGAAAUCGAAGUCAGUCAAGACUGCAAAUUUGAUUAUUUAGCCGUCCAUGAUGGUCCAUUCAGUUAUUCACCAAAGAUAGCAAAACUAUGUGGCAAUGAAUACCCAUCCAAGAUAAUAACAUCGUCUACCAGGUUUAUGUGGUUACAGUUUGUCAGUGAUAAGAAUUUGGGAGGAAGAGGAUUCAAAGUUACAUACACAUUUGUAGCACAAAGUGGAUAUAAAGAAAAAGAAGAAGAACAGAAAGUUUGUAGAAUACAUUACGAUAAAAAGGUAGGACCUGAAGGAGAAAUAACUUCUGACAUGAUUCCAUUUGCUGAUACAUCGUCUCCUGGAUAUCCAGUUAAUAAGCCUAUUGACUGCACGUGGGAAAUUGAUACAGAACGUCACUCAAAGAUAGCUCUUGCACAAGUGACUACAUAUUUUCAUAGCGCUGGGAACUGUGGACUCAACAGAAUAGAAAUUUAUGAUGGGUCAACUUUAAACACAGAUAAACAAAUGCAAAACUGUGGCCCUGGUCCUUUCGAGCUAUUUGAAUCGAAAACAAAUAAAGUAUUUGUUCGAAUCUUUGGCAGCAGUCUUAAUUACAAACCUACAAUACAUCUUCUAUUUACAAAGUUUUAUAAAAACGAAACUUGCAAUUCCAAACAUUUUUCUUGCAAUGGAAGAUGCAUCAGCAACACUCUUGCUUGCAAUGGAAAGAUUAACUGUCCAAGUGGAUUAGACGAGGAAAACUGCAAUCUGGAUGAUAGUGAGACUGUUGGUUUAGGCUUUGAAUCGCUACCAUUACAUGCCAUCAUUAUUGGAGCUGUAGGUGGUGUGCUAGGAACCAUAAUUGUUAUCGGGGUGUGUCUAAUUUGCCGUUACAGAAGCCGAAAGCGACAGAAACAAAGACAGGAACAACGUGAUAAAUUAAAGGAAAAUUUUGAAAUGUCCAACAUAAGUGCUAACACAACUUUACUAACGAAAAAGAAUGCCGGACAACCUAACUAUUUUUCUCUACCACGUCAGCAUCGAAGUGGAGGACAAAGAGACUAUAUACGUAGGGAUAGUGGUACCAAUUCCAGUGUUCCUUCAGAGGGCGAUGUUCCUGAUCACAAUUCGGACCCAGGGAAUUAUAAAAAAUAUUUAGUCAUGGAUCAAUACUUGGACGAAGAACCUUGUCCGUCAGUUUAUAGUCAAGGUCCUGUUUUAACGACUAUAAUUGAACGGCAUGAUGUGCCAAUGCAACAACAGGAAAUCGAUGGGUCAUACGGCUGGACCGGAUAUGGAUGGAAACCACCUCAGUCUGAUAAUAAACCGCCAAUGAGUCUGACAGAGAACAUAGCUAAAUUAGCACAAUAUAACAUUCCACAAAAAACUUUAAACCCAGACUAUAAAAUGUAUACAUCGGAUCCGAAAUAUGAAAUGUAUCCAGAACUACGAUACAAUAUAGGAAAGGAUUAUUCCAAAUUAAAAUAUCCGCAUCCUCAACAACAUCAACCAGAAAUCACGACCCCUACGAAGGAACAUCAGAAAAGUUUUAAAAUGUCCAGCCCUCAUCCUGACAUUACUCGAGAUUUAGAAGUUACGUAAAACUAUAUGAAGUCAAUGAAAUAGACUUUGAAGAUCAUAUUGAUAUUGUUUCGUCAAAGUAAUGACUUGUUACAACAAGUAUGAACAAUAUUAGGAACAAAGCAAUCCUCAGACUCUUAACUCGACCAACCAAAACAAUUGUAAACACUCGGUUACAAUAAAAGGAUAGCGAGUUUUAAGUGCACAUAUCAGAUAUUCAAAAUAUUGUUUCCAUAAAAGAAGGCUCAUUGGUGAGAAUUGUGACUAACCAUCAGUUUUCAUUGCGCAUUGUAUUAUAGCAUUAUAUUUUAAAUUCAUUAUACUGAUGUAGAAAAGGACACUAAGCAAAUCAAAUGUAACUGAUUGUGAUUAAAUUCACCCAUAUGUAACCACAUUUUGAAUUUUCAUUUCAACCACCAUCAAAACGAAAACAUUUUAAACGAUACUUUUAGAUACUCCAAAAUGGCGGUCCAAUUCUUGCAUUGAGUUCGUAGUUUUGUCUUAUUUGUUUUGUCUUCUGAAUCAUAGUUUUUACCACCACUCAUUAUGGACUGUAUGGGUCCGUAUAUAUCCGUCCGCUGUUUCAUUUAUCACAACACUUUGUUUAUAUCAAAGUUCUAUUUAAGGUUUCAAAGUAUAAACAAUAGGAUCAUUCUAUAUCAGAACUAUUUGAACAGAUAAUCAGUAACUAAAUAUAAGCAGAUAAGUAUCAUAUAAGUGAGUUAAAUUUCUUAAAGAAUGUUAUAACAUCUAAACUGAUAGACAUAUUGUGUCGUGAAUAUCAUAGUACCAGCACAAAAAAGUAUGACCUUGCAAAAAAAAUUAAUACUAUAUUACUAUAAUGUGAAGUAAUUAUAUCUCUAAAAAUCAUGCAUAUACAGAACACUAAAAUGUCUCGCCAGUAGUAUUUCAAUUAUUUCAAAUAGCAAUACACUUUGAAACUUUAAGUUAUAUCAAUGUCACAAGAAAUAGUUUUAUUUCAAGUGUACGUUAAUUUAUUAAUAAGUUCAAAAAAACAGACUUGCGUACAUUUGAAAAACUUGUUGACCUGAUAAAACAAAAUCGUUGCAGGCGAGACAAAAUAUUAACGAAUUUUCACAAUCGUCAAAAUAAAUCACCACAUAUGAUAAUUCUUUUAAAAGUUUGAGCAUAGUAUUUUCGUAUGUCUUAUAAUUCUUUACCAUCUGGAGAAUUGUCUUAAUAAAACCUGGAUAUAAGGAAAUUGAAGAAAAAACCCACAUCAUGAAUUUUAAGUACAAAGAAACUAAAAAUCUAGUGCAUUUAAAAAAAAAAUGUGUAGAAACAAAAUUUAGUGACUUUUUGGUUAGAUGGUUGAAAAUCAUUCAAUCCUUUAUUUUUCUGUUUUGUUUAAAUUGAUCUAGCUUUUACAGCUAUUGAGAGUGGUGGUAUUUUUAUACAUUUACUUCAGUCUCGAGAUUUUUGUAUAAAUGGAUCAUGAUAUUUUAUUAAAUUUAUAUUUAGAAUUAA